GACCUGGGCGGGGAGCGCCAUGCUUCUCUCUGCCCUCCUCUUUGGGAUGGCCUGGGCACUGGCUAACGGCCGGUGGUGUGAACAUACAGAAACCUUCCUGGUGGAGGAGGAAGUGACCCCCCGCCAGGAGGACCGGGUGCCUUGCACCAGCCUCUACCAUUACCAGCGCCUGGGCUGGCAGCUGGACCUGUCCUGGAGUGGACGUGCCGGGCUCUGUCCCAUCUACAAACCCCCAGAAACCCGGCUCGCUGCAAGGAACCGGACAGUGAGGGCUUGCUGCCCAGGCUGGGGGGGCACCCGCUGCACCCUGGCCCUUGCAGAAGCCACCCCUGGGGGCCACUGCUUUGCCACGCGGCAAUGCCAGCUGCAGGCAGGCUCGGCUAAUGCUUCGGCGGGAAGCCUGGAGGAGUGCUGUGCUUGGCCUUGGGGACACAGCUGGUGGGAUGGCAGCUCCCAGGCCUGCCUCAGCUGCUCUAGCCGACACCUCCCGGGCAGCGCUCCCUCUCCAGCCGUCCUGCAGCCCCUGGCGGGGGCCGUGGCCCACUUCUGGAGCCAGCGCCAGCAGCCCUCGGCCACCUGCGCCACCUGGUCAGGCUUCCACUACCGCACCUUUGAUGGACGCCACUACCACUUCCUGGGCCGCUGCACUUACCUGCUGGCGGGCACCGCGGAUGCCACCUGGGCAGUCCACCUCACGCCCAGGGGGCAUUGCCCCCAGCCUGGGCACUGUCAGCUGGCCCGAGUAAUGAUGGGACCUGAGGAGGUGCUGAUCCAGGGCAGAAAUGUCUCUGUGAACGGGAAGCUGGUACCUGACAGGGAGUCUCGGCUGCUCCAUGGGCUGAGCCUGCAGUGGCAGGGGGACUGGCUGGUGUUGUCCGGGGGUCUGGGGGUCACCGUACGCCUGGACAGGUCCAGUUCCAUCUCUGUUUCUGUGGACUCUGAGCUCCAGGGACAAACUCAAGGUCUCUGUGGAGUCUACAAUGGCCAGCCCGAGGAUGACUUCCUGGAGCCUGGAGGGAGACUGGCUGUGUUAGCUGCCACCUUUGGGAAUUCCUGGAGGAUCCCUGACUCGGAGCCUGGGUGUCUGGAUUCAGCAGAGGCGGCCCAGGGCUGUGAGGGCCCCCUGAGCAGCUCAGAGGCAGGCAUGCAGGCUGAUGCCCAUGAUGUGUGCUACCAGCUGCUGGACAGUCCCUUCAGGGAAUGCCAUGCCCAGGUCCCCCCUGCUGAGUACCACCAGGCCUGCCUCUUUGCCUACUGUUCUGGGGCCCCAGCAGGCAGUGGGCGAGAGGCCCGUCGGGAAGCCGUGUGCAGCACCUUGGCCAACUAUGCCCAGGAGUGUGCCAAGCAGCACAUCCACGUGGGCUGGAGGAAGCCAGGCUUCUGCGAGCGUCUGUGCCCGGGGGGCCAGCUCUACUCAGACUGCGUCUCGGCCUGCCCACCCAGCUGCUCAGCAGUGGGGGACGGAGGGGAGGGGUCCUGCCGGGAAGCGUGCGUGAGCGGCUGCGAGUGCCCGCCCGGCCUCUUCUGGGACGGCGCCUUCUGUGUGCCUGCUGCCCGCUGCCCCUGCUACCACCGGCGCCGGCGCUACGCUCCCGGGGACACCGUGCGCCAGCUGUGCAACCCGUGCGUGUGCCAGGACGGCCGCUGGCUCUGCGCGCAGGCGCCGUGCCCAGCCGAGUGCGCGGUGGGCGGGGACGGGCAUUACCUCACCUUCGAUGGGCGGAGCUUCUCCUUCCGCGGCAGCCCGGGUUGCCGCUCCAGCCUGGUGCAGGACCUGAAGGGGCAGCCGCUGAUUGUGCUGGAGCAUGGGGCUUGUGACACUGGGAGCUGCCUCCACGCCAUCUCUGUGUCCCUGGGAGACACGCACAUCCAGCUCAGAGACUCAGGAGCUGUACUCAUCGAUGGGCAGGACGUGGGCUUGCCAUGGAGCGGGCCCAAGGGCCUCAGUGUUUCCCGCGCCUCCUCUACCUUCCUACUGCUGCGCUGGCCUGGGGCCCAGGUCCUGUGGGGAGUGUCUGACCCUGCAGCCUACAUCACUCUGGACCCCCGCCAUGCCCGCCAGGUGCAGGGUCUGUGCGGCACCUUCACCUGGAACCAGCAGGAUGACUUCCUGACACCUGCCGGCGAUGUGGAGACCAGCACAGCAGCCUUUGCUAGCAAGUUCCAGGUGGCAGGCGAGGGAAGGUGCCUCUCAGAAGACAGCGCCCUACUUUUCCCCUGCAGCACCCACACUCAGCGCCACGUUUUUGCAGAGGCAGCUUGUGCCAUCUUGCAUGGCCCAACCUUCCAGGAAUGCCAAGGGCUGGUCGACAGGGAGCCGUUCCACCUGCGCUGCUUGGCGGCCGUGUGUGGCUGUGCUCCUGGCAAAGACUGCCUGUGCCCUGUGCUUGCUGCCUUUGCUCGUCGCUGUGCCCGGGAGGGUGCCCUGUCUCUCUGGAGGUCCCAGACACUGUGCCCUGUCCCGUGUCCCAGCGGCCAGGAGUACCAGGAGUGUGCCCCAGCGUGUGGUCAAAACUGUGGGGAGCCAGAAGAUUGUGAGGAGCUGGGGAGCUGUGUGUCUGGUUGUAACUGCCCCUCAGGACUGCUACGGGACCCCGAGGGCGAGUGUGUGCCCCCCAGCUUGUGCUCCUGCCAGCUUGGAACUCAGCGCUAUGCACCUGGCAGUGUCACCACGAAGGACUGUAACCACUGUGUCUGCCAGGAGAGGGGCCUCUGGAAUUGCUCUGCUCAGCGUUGUGACCCCCAGCGGACAUUCUGCCCCGGUGACCUUGUUUAUGUCCCUGGUGCCUGCCUUCUCACCUGUGACAGCCCUAGAACCAACCACUCCUGCCCCCCAGACAGCAUGGGAAGCUGUGUCUGUCCCCCGGGCACUGUGCUGCUGCACGAGCGCUGCGUGCCUCCUGAGCUCUGCCCCUGCCGUCACGGUGGGCAGUGGUAUCCGCCCAACGCUACCAUCCAGGAGGACUGCAACGUUUGCGUGUGUCAGGCUCGGCAGUGGCACUGCACAGGCCACCGGUGUGGUGGGUGGUGCCAGGCAUCGGGCGCCCCCCACUACGUGACCUUUGAUGGGCUGGCUUUCACCUUCCCCGGAGCCUGUGAAUAUCUGCUGGUGCGAGAAGCCGGCGGCCGCUUCACCAUCUCCGCCCAGAACCUGCCCUGUGGGGCCAGUGGCCUCACCUGCACCAAGGCGCUGACCGUGCAGCUACAGAGCACCAUCGUGCACAUGCUCAGAGGCCGGGCAGUGACAGUGAAUGGGGUGAGCAUAACGCCCCCCAAAGUCUACACGGGCCCUGGGCUGAGCUUGCGUCGUGCUGGUCUCUUCCUGCUGCUCACGACCUGCCUGGGCCUCAGCCUGCUGUGGGAUGGAGGCACCCGGGUCCUGGUGCAGCUGUCCCCGCAGUUCCACGGCCGCGUGUCUGGGCUGUGUGGAGAUUUUGAUGGAGAUGCCAGUAACGACCUGCGGAGCCGCCAGGGCGUCCUGGAACCCACUGCUGAGCUGGCUGCCCACUCCUGGCACCUGAGUCCACUCUGCCCUGAGCCAGGAGACCUGCCACACCCCUGCACCGUGAACGCCCACCGGGCCAGCUGGGCCCGUGCCCGCUGCGCGGUGAUGCUGCAGCCCCUCUUUGCCCGCUGCCAUUCAGAGGUGCCCCCGCAGCAGCACUAUGAGUGGUGUGUGUAUGAUGCCUGCGGCUGCGAUUCUGGGGGCGACUGUGAGUGUCUCUGCUCGGCCAUUGCCACCUACGCAGACGAGUGUGCCCGGCACGGGCUCCCCGUGCGCUGGCGCAGCCAGGAGCUCUGCCCUCUGCAGUGUGAGGGAGGCCAGGUGUAUGAGGCCUGUGGCCCCAUGUGUCCGCCCACCUGCCAUGACCAUGGUCCCGAGCCCGGCUGGCACUGCCAGGCCAUCGCCUGUGUUGAGGGCUGCUUCUGCCCUGAGGGGACCCUGCUGCAUGGAGGGGUCUGCUUAGAGCCAGCUUCCUGCCCCUGUGAGUCCGGGGGCAGCUUCUUCCCGCCGGGGACUGUGCUGCAGAAGGACUGUGGGAACUGCACGUGCAAGGAAAGCCAGUGGCUUUGUGGGAGCGACAGUUCCGUGUGUGAGGAGCCAGAGCCUGGCUGUAUGGAGGGAGAGGCCCCAUGCCGCGAGAGUGGGCACUGUGUGCCCCACAGGUGGCUUUGUGACAACCAGGAUGACUGUGGCGAUGGCUCAGACGAGGAGGGCUGUGCCACGCCAGGCUGUGGGGAGGGCCAGAUGUCUUGCAGCUCCGGCCACUGCCUGCCCCUGGCCCUGCGCUGUGACGGGCGGGACGACUGUGGAGAUGGGACGGAUGAGCAGAGCUGCCCUUGCCCCCGUGGCUCACUGGCUUGCACUGAUGGGCGCUGCCUGCCCCUGGCCCUGCUCUGUGACGGGCAUCCCGACUGUCCAGAUGCUGCUGAUGAGGAGGCCUGUCUGGGACAGCUGAACUGCACUCCCGGGGAGCUGUCCUGCGUUGAUGGCACAUGCGUGGGGGCCAUCCUGCUGUGUGACGGAAUCUGGGACUGCCCAGAUGGAGCGGAUGAGGGACCUGGGCACUGCUCCUUGCCUUCGCUGCCCAUGCCCCCGGCUGGCACUCUGCCUGGCCCUUCCACUGGCUUUGGGAUGAUUGCCCCAACUCCCCCCGCCAGCGCCAGCCCUGCGCCACCCUGCGGCCCCCUCGAAUUCCGGUGCGGCAGCGGCGAAUGUGCGCCCCGGGGCUGGCGCUGCGACCAGGAGGAGGACUGCGCCGAUGGCAGCGACGAGCACGGCUGCGGCUGGCCCUGCGCCCUGCACCACGUGCCCUGCGCCCGCGGCCCGCACUGCGUGUCCCCCGCGCAGCUGUGCGACGGCGUGCCGCACUGCCCCGACGGCUCGGACGAGGGCCGCGACGCCUGCGAGGGGACGACAGCCCCAGGAGGCCCCAAUGGGACCAGGGCUCCCUGCCCGGAAUACUCCUGCCCUGAUGGCCUCUGCAUCAGUUUCCGGCUGGUGUGUGACGGGCAGCCUGACUGUGAAUCGGUGGGGGACCUAGGGCCUUCCCCAGAAGAGCAGGGCUGUGGGGCCUGGGGUCCCUGGAACUCAUGGGGGCCGUGCAGCCGGACAUGUGGGCCCGGGGUGCAGGGCCGGAGCCGCCGCUGCUCCCCCCCUGGUCUCCCGGUGCUGCAGCACUGCCCAGGCCCGGAGCACCAGACUCAGGCCUGCUUCACGGCUGCCUGCCCAGUGGAUGGCGAAUGGACCCCCUGGUCUCCCUGGUCCCUGUGCACUGAGCCGUGCAUGGGCACUGUGACCCGUCAGCGACAGUGCCACCCCCCCCAGAAUGAGGGCCGGACCUGUGCCAUGCUGCCUGGGGACCCUCCCACCACCCGCCGGAGCAGGCCGUGCCCUCAGGCCGGCUGUCCCAAUGCCACCUGCUCCGGGCAGCUGGUGUUCUGGCCCUGUGCCCCCUGCCCUCUGACUUGUGAUGAAAUCUCUGGUCAGGCUGAGUGUGCGGCUACCCGGCCCUGCAGCGGCCCUGGCUGCUGGUGCCCUGCCGGCCAGGUGCUGGACAGUGAGGGCCGGUGUGUGGGGCCCCAGCAGUGCCCCUGCCUGCUGGACGACACCUGGUACCGGCCGGGACAGCGCAUCAGGGCCAACUGCCAGCUCUGCACCUGCCAAGACGGACGGCCCCAGCGCUGCCGGCCCAAUCCAGCCUGCUCUGUGAACUGUGGCUGGUCCUCCUGGUCCCCCUGGGCUGAGUGCUUGGGACCCUGUGGGACCCAGAACAUUCAGUGGUCCUUCCGGAGCCCCAACAAUCCCCGCCUCUCCGGCCACGGUCGCCAGUGCCGGGGCAUCCACCGCAAGGCCCGCAGGUGCUGGACGGAGCCCUGCACGGGCUGUGAGCAGCAGGGCCGAGCCCACACAGUGGGGGAGCGCUGGCGAGAGGGCCCCUGCAGAGUGUGCCAGUGUCUGCACAACGGCACCGUGCGCUGCUCCCCCUACUGCCCACUGGGCAGCUGCCCCCAGGACUGGAUCCUGGUGGAGGGAGUGGGAGGCUCCUGUUGCCACUGCGCCCCCCCUGGUGAGAACCAGACGGUCCACCUCCUGGCCACUCCUGCCCCCUCUCCAGCCCUCAGUGCCCAGAUCGGACCCCCUCUGGUCACCUACGUUCUGCCUCCGCCUGGAGACCCCUGCUAUUCUUUGCUGGGCCUGGCCCGACUCCCUGAGGGAAGCCUGAAGCUGGAGCCCCCCACCCAGGCUGCCCUCCUGGGGGCUCCCACCGAGGGGCCUGGCUCUGAGGGUCGGAGCACUGGGAGGCACACCCGGCCCCCCUUCCUGCAGCUCAACCUGCUGCAGCCUAGGAACCUCACUGGCAUCAUGGUGCAGGGGGCUGGGUCCUCCGCCUCCCUCCAGUUUAGCAGCGAUGGUCUACACUGGCACAACUAUACUGACCUCCUGUCCCCAGCCAAGCUUUUUGCUUGGAACUCGGACGAUGGGGCCCCCACAGUGCGGACUUUCGGCCGGAUGGUGCAGGCACAGCACGUCCGGGUGUGGCCCCACAUCAGCCAUCGUGACGCCAACCACAGCAUCUCCCCAGGGGUGGAGCUGCUGGGCUGUGCACCAGUGUCCCCGCUGGAGGCGCCCCCGUGCCCAGGAGGUGGGCGCCGCUGCGCCGGUGCUGAGUGUGCCCCGCGGGGGGAGCUGUGCAACGGGGUGAAGGACUGUGAGGAUGGCUCCGAUGAGGAGGGCUGCACGCCCCCGCCCACCGCCACUGGCAGGUAUGGGGGUGCCCUGCUGCCCAGCUUAUCAGUGGAGGGGCCGGCCUGUGGGAGAGGCCCUGCGCUGCCUUCAGCCUUGAGCCACGACCCCAGCCCCGACAGCUUCCACCCAGCCCGGACCGCUGCCCACCCAGCCCACGGAGUCCUCCUCCCUCUCUGCCCUGUGCUUCCCUGUGCAUCCCUGGUCGACUGGAGUCGGCCUCAGCCCGGGAGCCUUCUGGGGGCCAGCCCGGCUCUGGGAGAGGCUGAGCGCGGGCAUCCCUUGCAAGGGUCACCCAUACCCGCCACAGAGCCUGGAUGCCCUCCCGAGAGCCUGGGUCUGCUUCAUGUCACGGGUGGGGAGCUGGCGGGCCUCAUCCCUCCCUCUCCUGCACCUGCAGGGAAGGGGCCAGUGACUUGGGCCCCAGCUUCCGAGCCUCCUUACUUGAGUCCUGGGGAACCUGUGCAGAUGGUGACCACCACCCCCACAUCCCAGGUGACAACAGUGGCCCCUGCUGGGAGGAAGUGGGGGCACACCAGACGUCGGGAGGAGGGAGGAUGCGGUGGGCAGGUGUCCCGUCAGUCGGCUGCGGUGGUGCCCACAGGCCAGAGCAUCGCCCCAGAGCCCUUCCCACCUGCGCGGUGCAGCCCAGGCCAGGUGCCCUGUGAGGUGCUGGGCUGCGUGGAGCAGGGACAGCUGUGUGAUGGCAGGGAGGACUGUCUGGACGGCUCUGACGAGAGCCACUGUGCGAGCCCUGUGCCCUUCACGGUGCCCACCAAGGCCCUGGCCAGACUGCUGGCCUCGCGAGCCCCCUGCUCCCCGAGCCAGCUGAGCUGCGGUAGUGGGGAGUGCCUGCCGGCUGAGCGGCGCUGUGACCUGCGGCCAGACUGCCAGGACAGCUCAGACGAGGACGGCUGUGUGGACUGUGGGCUGGCGCCCUGGUCUGGCUGGAGCGGCUGCAGCCGCACCUGCGGGCCGGGCCUCGCCUUCCAGCGCCGGGACCUGCUGCGGCCUCCCCUGCCCGGGGGCAGCUGCCCGUCCAACAGGCUCCGCGGCCAGCCCUGCUUCGUGCAGGCCUGCCCAGUGGCUGGGGCAUGGGCUGCCUGGGGGGCCUGGGGGCCCUGCAGCGUCUCCUGUGGGGGUGGCCAUCGGAGUCGCCAGAGGAGUUGUGUGGACCCCCCGCCCAAGAAUGGUGGUGCCCCCUGCCCCGGGGCCUCUCACGAAGGGGCACCCUGCGCCCUGCAGCCCUGCCCAGGGGAUGCGGGCUGUGGGCCAGGCCGAGUGCAUGUUAGUGCUGAGCUCUGCCGGAAGGGGCUGGUGCCACCGUGUCCGCCCUCCUGCUGGGACCCUGAGGCCAACAGAAGUUGCAGUGGGCCCUGUCUGGAGGGAUGCCGCUGCCCCCCUGGGCUGCUCCUCCAUGAUGCUCGCUGCCUGCCGCUCUCCGAGUGCCCUUGCCUCGUGGGUGAGGAGCUGAAGAAGCCGGGGGCGCCCUUUGUCCUGGACAACUGCAGCCGCUGCGUGUGUGAGAACGGGGCCCUGCUGUGUGAACCCCGGGGAUGCCCUGUGCCCUGCGGCUGGUCAGCCUGGUCCUCCUGGGGUCCCUGUGACCGCUCCUGUGGCUCUGGAGUGAGGGCCAGGUUCAGAUCCCCUUCCAACCCUCCGGCUGCUUCCGGGGGUGCCCCGUGUGACGGCGACAGACAGGAGCUGCAGGCCUGCCACAUGGAGUGCAGGAUAGAGCUGCUGGGCUGGACCUCCUGGGCACCCUGGUCCUCCUGCUCCCAGAGCUGCCUCGCCGUGGGAGGAGGCCCUGGUUGGCGCAGUCGUUCCCGGCUCUGCCCCAGCUCCACGAACGCGUCCUGCCCAGGAGAGGCCACCCAGGAGGAGGUCUGCAGCCCCCCUGUGUGCCCAGUGCUAAGCACCUGGGGUCUGUGGGCUCCGUGGUCCACCUGCUCGGCCCCCUGUGACGGAGGCGUCCAGAUACGUGGGCGCAGCUGCUCUGGUUCCACUCCCGGUGACCCUGAGUGCCAGGGACCUCACAGCCAGACCAGGGAUUGCAACACUCAGCCCUGCGCAGCUCAGUGCCCGGGGGACAUGGUGUUCCGCUCAGCAGAGCAGUGCCAGCGGGACGGGGGCCCCUGCCUUCAGCUGUGCCUGGCUCAGGAUGCUGGGGUCGAGUGCACCAGCUUCUGCACCCCUGGCUGCACCUGCCCGCCUGGCCUCUUCCUGCACAACGCCAGCUGCUUGCCCCGCAGUCAGUGCCCCUGCCAGCUGCGUGGGCAGCUCUACGCCCCGGGAGCACAGGCUCAGCUGGAUUCCUGCAACAACUGCACCUGCGUCUCUGGUGAGAUGGCGUGCACCUCGGAGCCCUGCCCAGUGGCCUGUGGCUGGAGCCCCUGGACUCCGUGGAGUGUCUGCAGCCGCAGCUGUGACGUGGGCCUUCGGCGGCGCUUCCGGGCGGGCACUGCGCCCCCCGCUGCCUUCGGGGGUGCUGCGUGCCAGGGCCCCAACAUGGAGGCCGAAUUCUGCAGCCUGCGGCCAUGUCGGGGUCCCAGUGGGGAGUGGGGCCCCUGGUCCCCGUGCUCUGUGCCCUGCGGCGGCGGCUACCGGAACCGCACCCGGGGCGGUGGCCUGAAUGGCCGUGUGGACUUCUCUGCCUGCGGGCUGCAGCCCUGCACCGGGCCCGUGCCUGGUGUGUGUCCCAGGGGCAAGCGGUGGCUGGACUGCGCCCAGGGCCCUGCCUCCUGUGCAGAGCUCAGUGCCCCUCAAGGGACAAACCAGACCUGCCUUCCCGGCUGCUACUGCCCAUCUGGGACUCUCCUGCUGAACAACGUGUGUGUGCCCUCCCAGGACUGCCCCUGUGCCCAUGGGGGGCGCCUUUAUCCCCCGGGCAGUGUGGUGCUUCGUCUCUGCGAGAACUGCUCCUGUGUUUCUGGGCUUAUCACCCACUGCAUCUCCUGGCCCUGUGAGGAGGGUCAGCCCACGUGGUCACCCUGGACCCCAUGGAGCGACUGCUCAGCCUCCUGUGGCCCUGCCCGACGCCACCGGCACCGAUUCUGCUCCGGGCCUCCCACCAUGGACCCGUCUGUCCUGGCGCUGCCAUCCCCACCAACCUGGCCUACCCCUCUUUGCCCAGGCCCCGACGCUGAGGAGGAACCCUGCCUCCUGCCAGGGUGUGACCGAGCUGGGGGCUGGGGGCCUUGGGGGCCCUGGUCCAGCUGUAGCCGGAGCUGUGGGGGAGGCCUGCGGAGCCGGAUGCGAGCCUGUGAUCAGCCUCCACCUCAGGGCCUGGGGGAUUACUGUGAGGGGCCUCGGGCCCAAGGAGAGGCCUGCCAGGCUCUGCCAUGCCCAGUGACCAACUGCACCGCCAUUCAGGGGGCGGAGUACAGCCCUUGUGGCCCUGCCUGUCCUCGCUCCUGUGACGACCUCGUGCACUGCGUGUGGCACUGCCAGCCCGGCUGCUACUGCCCUCCAGGCCAGGUGCUGAGUGCCGACGGGGCCCUCUGCGUGCCGCCCAGCCACUGCGGCUGCCUGGACCUGCUGAGCGGGGAGCGGCACCGGCCGGGGGCUCGGCUGCCUGGGCCCGACAGCUGCAACUACUGCACCUGCUCAGAGGGGAGGCUGAACUGCACGGACCUGCCUUGCCCAGUGCCGGGUGGCUGGUGUUCCUGGUCGGAGUGGACGGCGUGCUCCCAGCCCUGCAGGGGUCAGACGAGGACCCGCUCCAGGACUUGCACCUGCCCCGCUCCUCGGCACGGGGGCACCCCAUGCCCUGGUGAAGCAGCGGGGGCAGGGGCCCAGCAUCAGAAGGAGACUUGCCCCAGCUCCCCUGACUGCCCAGCGGAUGGAGUCUGGAGCCCAUGGGGACCGUGGUCUCCCUGUGACCCGUGCGUGGGGCAGUCCCAGCGAAGUCGGGAGUGUAUCUGGCCCCCCACCCCCGAGGGAGGCAGGCCCUGCCCUGGGGGCUACAGGCAGAGUCGCCCCUGCCAGGACAAUUCCACACAAUGUCCAGACUGUGGGGGUGGCCAGGGCCUUCUCCCAUGCGGGCGGCCCUGUCCCCGCUCCUGCCAGGACCUGUCUCCUGGGAGCAUGUGCCAGCCAGGUCUGACGGGCUGCCGGCCCAGCUGUGGGUGCCCCCCCGGCCAGCUGUCGCAGGAUGGCCUUUGUGUGCCUCCCGCCCGCUGCCGCUGCCACUACCAGCCUGGAGCCAUGGGGAUUCCUGAGAACCAGAGCCGGUUAGCAGGGCCUGGGCUCAGCUCCUGGGAGAGGCUGGAACCUGGAGAGGUGGUGACUGGGCCCUGUGACAACUGCACCUGUAUGGAGGGCACCCUGCAGUGCCGGGAGGUGCCUGGCUGCCCUGGUCCUGGGAUGUGGGGUUCCUGGGGUCCCUGGGAAGACUGCAGUGUCUCCUGUGGAGGAGGGGAGCAACUCCGCUCCCGGAGAUGUGCCCGGCCCCCCUGCCCCGGGCCUGCCCGCCAGAGCCGCACCUGCCACACCCAGGUCUGCCGAGAGGCAGGCUGCCCGGCCGGACGUCUGUACCGGGAGUGCUCGCCUGGCGAGGGGUGCCCCUUCUCCUGUGCCCACGUCACUCAGCAGGUUGGCUGCUUCUCUGCUGGCUGCGAGGAGGGCUGCCACUGCCCCAUGGGCACCUUCCAGCACCGCUUGUCCUGUGUCCAGGAGUGCCCCUGUGUGCUCACCGCUGCGCUGCUACAGGAGCUGGGAACGGCCGGCGCUGACCCUGCGGCUCGGCCCCCCAUUCUGGGAGAGGGCGGUCAGCCCCUUGGGCCCGGGGAUGAGUUGGGCUCAGGCCAGAGCCUUCGUAUGGGCUGCAGGAACUGCUCCUGUGUGCAUGGGAGGCUGUCUUGCUCCAUGGGGGACUGCUCCAAGGCUAGUGAUCACUUCGGUCCUUGGGGGCCAUGGGGCCCAUGCUCCCGCUCUUGUGGUGGGCUGGGCACCCGAACCCGCAGCCGCCAGUGUGCGCGGCCCUCCCCGGCUCCAGGCAGCCAGGGCUGCGGAGGGCCCCUCCAGGACCUCAAGUACUGCCCCAGCCCGGACUGCCCAGGGGCUGGAGGGUCCACAGUGGAGCCAGUGACAAGUCUUCCAGGUGGCUGGGGCCCGUGGUCCCCAUGGUCCCCUUGCUCUCACACCUGCACAGACCCCACCCACCCUGCUUGGCGCAGCCGCACUCGCCUCUGCCUGGCAAACUGCACCAGCGGGGACCCUUCCCAGGAGCGCCCUUGCAACCUGCCCUCCUGCACAGAGCUGCCCCUGUGCCCCAGUCCUGGCUGUGUGGCUGGAAACUGUUCCUGGACCGCCUGGGCCCCAUGGGAACCUUGCUCCCGAAGCUGCGGGGUGGGCCAGCAGCGCCGCCUGCGGGCCUACCGUCCCCCGGGGCCCGGCGGGCACUGGUGCCCCGACAUCCUCACUGCUUACCAGGAGCGCCGCUUCUGCAACCUGCGGGCUUGCCCGGUGCCUGGAGGCUGGUCACGCUGGAGUCCCUGGUCCUGGUGUGACCGGAGCUGCGGAGGGGGCCGAUCCCUGAGGAGCCGCAGCUGCUCCAGCCCCCCACCCAAGAAUGGGGGUGCCCCCUGUGUUGGGGAGAGGCACCACGCUCGGCUCUGCAAUUCCUUGCCCUGUGAGGAGGGCUGCCCAGCAGGCAUGAAGAUGGUCAGCUGUGCCAACCGCUGCCCCCGCCGCUGCUCAGACCUCCAGGAGGGGCUCGCGUGUCAGGACGGCCAGGCCUGCCAGCCGGGCUGCCGCUGCUCUGACGGCUUGCUGGAGCAGGACGGUGGCUGCGUGCCAAUUGGGCACUGUGAGUGUACAGAUGCCCGGGGCCAGAGCUGGGCUCCGGGCAGCCGGCACCAGGAGGCCUGCGGCACGUGCACCUGCCACGCUGGGCGGCUCUCCUGCACGGCUCAGCCCUGCCCGCCACCUGUGCACUGCUCCUGGAGCCGAUGGUCAGCCUGGAGUCCCUGCAGCCGCUCGUGUGGGCCUGAGGGGCAGCAGAGCCGCUUCCGGUCCUCCACAUCCGGCUCAUGGGCCCCAGAGUGUCGGGAGGAGCAGUCCCAGAGCCAGCCCUGCCCUCAGCCCCCGUGCCCACCCCUGUGCCUGCAGGGUGCCCGCCUCCACACCCUGGGGGACAGCUGGCUGCAGGGCGAAUGCCGACAGUGCUCCUGCACCCCGGAGGGCAUCAUAUGUGAAGACGUGGAGUGUGCAGUACCCGGGGCCUGGACGCUCUGGUCCCCCUGGUCUGAAUGUCCUGUCUCCUGUGGAGGUGGAAACCAGGUUCGUACCCGGGUCUGCAUGGGCUCGGCCCCCAGCCACAGGGGGACCCCCUGCGUGGGCCCUGACACCCAGACGCAGCGCUGUGGACAGCAGCCUUGCCUGGGGCUGCUGGAGGCUUGCUCCUGGGGCCCGUGGGGGCCCUGUUCCCGCAGCUGCGGCCCAGGCCUGGCCUCCCGCUCUGGGUCCUGCCCUUGCCCACUGGCCGAAGCUGACCACACUUGCAAUGGCACAUUCCCCCACCUGGACACCCAGGCCUGCUACCCGGGGCCCUGCCUGGAGGAAUGCGUCUGGAGCAGCUGGAGCAGCUGGACACGGUGCUCUUGCCAGGUGCUGGUCCAGCAGCGCUACCGGCACCAGGGCCCGGCGCCUGGAGCAGGCCAGGCCGGGGAGGGCUCUGCCUGCACGCGACUGGACGGCCACUUCCGGCCCUGCCCUGCCGCCAACUGCUCAGGAGACAGCUGCACCCCUCCCUUUGAGUUCCAGGCCUGUGGCUCUCCCUGUGCCGGGCUCUGCACCACACACCUGAGCCAUAGGCUCUGCCAGGACCUGCCGCCCUGCCAGCCCGGCUGCUACUGCCCUGAGGGGCUGCUGGAGCAGGCCGGGGGCUGCAUUCCCCCAGAGCAGUGUAGCUGCCUGCACCUCGCAGAGGAAGGAGCCAGGCUGACCCUGGCCCCUGGGGAACGCCUGCGCCUGGGCUGCAAGGAGUGUGAGUGCCAGCGUGGGGAGCUGCAGUGCACCAGCCAGGGCUGUCACGGUCUUCUGCCUCUGAGUGGGUGGUCCGAGUGGUCACCCUGUGGGCCCUGCCUGUCUGCUGGCAUGCUAGCCCCUGCCUCCAGGACUGCCCUAGAGGAGCGUUGGUCUCAGCACCCAGCUGGCCCCUCCCCAACCUUGGCCCCCUGGCUGGCUUCGGAGCAGCACCGUCAUCGCCUGUGUCUGGACCCUGAGACAGGGAGGCCAUGGGCUGGGGACCCAGAGCUCUGCACCGCACCACUUAGCCAGCAACGCCUCUGCCCGGACCCUAGGGCCUGCCAUGACUUAUGCCAGUGGAGUCCUUGGGGGCCCUGGAGUGCCUGCCAGGUGCCCUGCAGUGGGGGAUUCCGACUGCGCUGGAGAGAGGCAGGGGGGCCCCCUGGAGGGGGCUGCCGGGGGCCAUGGGCUCAGACUGAGAGCUGCAAUGUGGGGCCCUGCCCAGGAGAGAGCUGCGAAACCCGGGACACUGUGCCCACCCUUGACUGUGCCAACCGGUGUCCCAGAAGCUGUGCUGACCUCUGGGACCGCGUGCAGUGUCUGCAGGGACCAUGCCGCCCAGGCUGCCGCUGCCCCCCUGGCCAGCUGAUCCAGGAUGGGCUCUGCGUGCCCAUCUCCUCCUGCCGCUGUGGCCUUCCAAGCCCCAAUGCCUCAUGGGUGGUGGCCCCUGGCGAGGUGGCACAGCUGGGCUGCAAAAACUGCACCUGUCUCAAUGGGUCCCUGAUGUGCCCACACCGUGAGUGCCCAGUCCUUGGGCCAUGGUCAUCCUGGAGCAGCUGCUCUGCUCCCUGCGGUGGGGGCACCAUGGAGCGGCAUCGGAGCUGCAAGGAGGGACCUGCGGGGGGGCCAUGUGAGGCCCAGGACACAGAGCAAAGGCGGGGAUGUAACCUGCAGCCCUGCCCUGACUGCCCACCUGGCCAGGUGCUCAGAGCCUGUGCCACCACAUGCCCGCGCCUCUGCUCGCAUCUGCAGCCUGGUGCCCCCUGCGCACAGGAACCCUGCCAGCUGGGCUGCGGCUGCCCUGGACAGCAGCUGUUGCACAAUGGCACAUGUGUGCCACCCGCUGCGUGCCCCUGCGCCCAGAUCUCUCUGCCGUGGGGCCUGACCUUGCCCCUUGAGGAGCAGGCCCGGGAGCUUCCCCCAGGGACUGUGCUGGCCUGGAACUGUACCCGCUGUAUCUGCCGAGAUGGAGCCUUCAACUGCUCUCCAGCUGACUGUCACGAGUGCCCCUCUGGAGAAAUGUGGCAGCAGGUGCCUCCUGGGGAACUGGGGCCAUGUGAGCGGACGUGCCCGGAGCCCAACGCCACAGAGACUUGGGGCACCUGCCGCAUGGGGCAGGCCCCCGGGUGCGUGUGCCAGCAUGGGCACUUGCGCAGCCACGUGGGCCACUGCGUGCCCCUGGACCGCUGCGAGUGCUGGCGCCAUGGGCAUCCCCACUCGCCUGGAUCCGAAUGGCAGGAAGCCUGUGAGAGCUGCCGCUGCCUCCACGGGAGGAGUGUCUGCACCCAGCACUGUCCCCCCCUCACCUGUGCCCAGGGUGAGGUGACCGUGCAGGAACCAGGGAGCUGCUGUCCCACUUGCCGCCAAGAGACUCUGGAGGCGCAGUCAGCCUCCUGCCGGCAUCUCACAGAGCUGCGCAACCUCACCAAGGGCCCCUGCCGCCUGGACCAGGUAGAAGUGAGCUACUGCAGUGGGCACUGCCCGUCCAGCACCAACGUCAUGCCUGAGGAGCCGUACCUGCAGAGCCAGUGCGGAUGCUGCAGCUACAGCCUUGACCCCGAGAGCCCCGUGAGGGUCCUGACCCUGCGCUGUCCCGGCGGCCGCACGGAGCCGGUGGUGCUGCCCGCCAUCCGCAGCUGCCAGUGCAGCGCCUGCCUCGGAGGGGAUUUCUCAAAGCACUGAGGGCUCCGCUGUUCGAGGCUGCCUCCACCCUUCAUGCCAUCACAGGGCUCAGAGGCACCGAACCCCUCCUCCUCUUGUACUGACCCUCCCACUCCUUGCCCUGGUACCAGCAUCUUCCAAAUAAAGUGACAUU